AUGGGAACGCAGAUAUUUGUCAAUAUCGCAUCUGCUGCUAGUGGAUUUGUUAUUAUUGCAUCCUUAUUAGUCGUUGGUAUACUAUUUCAAGAUAUUAAUAGCUUCUAUUAUGAAGUUAUGGAUGAUAUGCACGACUUUAAGAUCAUAGCUAAUGAUGCGUGGGCUGAGAUAAUGAGCUUUCAUGAUGCCCGUAAACCAAUUAACGCUAGAAAGGAGUCAUUUACUCGUAUAAUUGGGCUCAAGUCCCGUGAUAAACGUGAAGCUAUCUGCGCAUGUGCAGUCCAAGCUGCAAAUUGUCCACCAGGUCCUCCAGGACCUCAAGGAAACCGUGGUCUUCCAGGAGAACCAGGAUUACCUGGUGUUGACGGUAAACCUGGACCAGAUGGCAUUGGUGUUACAAUUGAAAAGAGUAGUCGAGGUGGUUGUAUUGUAUGCCCUGCUGGACCACCAGGGCCACCGGGUCUGCCAGGACCCAUGGGAUUACCUGGACCUAGUGCUACGUCGAUACAAGCGCCAACUAGUAUGGCAGGACCACCGGGUCCUCCUGGACCACCUGGUGACGCUGGACCUCAAGGUCCACCAGGCCCACCAGGUUUAGCUGGACAACCAGGGACACCAGGAACAGCUGCAGUUGGUGGUGGUCGAGGUGUCAAAGGAAAACCUGGGCCACCUGGACCUCCGGGAGAGGCCGGUAUACCAGGAGAACCUGCUUUACCUGGUCCAGCGGGUCCACCUGGGCCUCCUGGGCCACCUGGACAAUCUGGAACACCUGGUGCACGUGGCCAGCCUGGAUUGCCUGGAAGUGCCGGUUUGCCUGGUGGUGAUGCUGCAUAUUGUCCGUGCCCACCGCGGUCGUCCAUAACGCUUAGCAUAGAGGCACCGAAGCGAGUAAUUCACGAUAAUUCUUACAACAAAAGACGACUUUCUCGUGUAAAGAAAGUCAGAAUAUCUGCAUAA